AAGCGUUAUUCUGUUGGAACUGAGCCAGUCCGAGAAGCCGCUAAAUUCUGGACAUCUUUCUACGAGCAGGCAGCCCAGAUCCGUCUACCGACUUACGAUGACUACUCUUCACUGCACGAACAACAGCUCGAGGAUGAGUCGCAAGCCUCUACCUCAGUCGACAAUACAUCUGAGCACACCUCUGAAGCUGUCGUUUCACAUCCUCCUGGAGUCUUCGAUCCUAACAAGACGCCCUCCGAUAGUUCAUUCAUGCCCGCACAAGGCGCCAUAUCAUCGACGCCUGCUACUGUGUCACGCUACCACGGACAGAGCACACGUACCGCAUUUCCCGAACAGAACUCAGAGUCCUCCUGGGCUGCCUCUCUGGAAUCUCCACUGAUUCGUAUGGAAAGAGACCUCCAGGACCUUGCUCGGGAUGAU